ACUGUGAUAUACAACGCUAAUGCAUCGUCGGCGUUUGUGAUUGUGCAGUAUCUGUUUCACUUUGUGUGGCUAUUAGGUUGUAAAAUUAACUGCUGAUCAGUGAUCGCGGUAUAUUAUUAUUACUGCAUUCGCUAUGAGGUUAAUAAUUUUAGUAAUCUCUCUGUUGUAUUUUGAAACUCAUGCCAAACAGUAUUUCGUGGAAGAAUUUUCGGAUGAUACGUGGGAGAAAAAGUGGACUCAAUCCGAACAUUCUGGAAAAGAAUGGGGAAAAUUUGUCCUAACUCAUGGUAAAUUCUAUGGUGAUCCUGAAAUUAGCAAAGGUAUACAGACUUCUGAAGAUGCUAGACAUUAUGGCUUAUCUACGAAAUUUGAACCGUUCAGCAAUAAGGACAACACAUUAGUGAUCCAGUUUACUGUCAAACAUGAACAGAGCAUUGAUUGCGGCGGUGGCUAUGCCAAAAUAUUUGACUGUAGCUUAAAACAGACUGAUAUGCAUGGGGAAACACCUUAUCUUAUUAUGUUUGGACCCGAUAUUUGUGGACCAGUUACUAAAAAGGUACACGUAAUCUUUAAUUAUAAAGGCAAGAAUCUUUUGAUCAACAAAGAGAUCAGAUGCAAGGACGAUGUGUAUACCCAUUUAUACACUUUGAUCGUUAAACCUGAUAAUACCUACAUUGUUAAGAUCGAUAAUGAAAAAGUAGAAAGUGGUGAGCUUGAGAAAGACUGGGAUUUUCUUCCACCAAAGAAAAUAAAAGAUCCUGAAGCCAAGAAACCAGAGGAUUGGGAUGACAAUCCUAAAAUUGAAGAUCCUGAAGAUAAGAAACCAGAAGAUUGGGAACAGCCUGAAUACAUUCCAGAUCCCGAUGCUGUGAAACCUGAAGAUUGGGAUGAUGAGAUGGAUGGUGAAUGGGAACCCCCACAGAUCAAUAAUCCAGCUUUCAAGGGUGAAUGGAAACCUAGACAACUGGAUAAUCCUAACUAUAAAGGACCCUGGGUACACCCUGAGAUUGAUAAUCCUGAAUAUGCACCUGAUCCAUUCCUUUACAAAUAUGAUGAAGUUUGUGGAAUUGGAUUUGAUCUCUGGCAAGUAAAGUCUGGAACAAUUUUUGACAAUGUUCUGAUUACUGAUGAUGAAAGUGAAGCUGAAAAGCAUGGCCAAGAUACGUGGGGUGCUAUUAAAGAAGCUGAGAAAAAGAUGAAGGAAAAGCAAGAUGAAGAAGAAAGGAAGGCCACUGUAAAGAAGACGGAUGAUGAUGAAGAGGAAGAAGAAGAUAAUGAAUUAGAUGAGCCUGAUUCUCCAGAUGCCAGUGAGGAUGCAAAUGAUGCUGAAAGCCACGAUGAACUUUAAUUUCCCUAUUCUUAAAUGUAAUGAAUUACAACUAAACAAUACUCAUAGACAUUCUUAAAAGCCAUUGAACAUAAGACUGCUCAUAUUUAUAUUUCAUAUGCAAGGACCAAAAAUUAAUUCAUUCAAAAUCACUAAACUUUUUGUUAUAUUUAAAUCCACUUUUUAUUACACGUGAUUGUGCUUAUUUUGGUGACUGGUUUGAAUUGUUUUAUGAUUAUCUAGUGAGAGAAUAGUUACAACUUAGCAUUUAUUGCAUUGUCACAAGCUCAUGAUCAACAAUUUUCUACUUUAUAUCAUGUAACUUAUGUAUUGAAAUCUUCAUUAAAUCUCGUUAUCAUUUUUCA